AUGAGCCAGGCUGAAGUUUCUCUGGCCGCUGCCCCGCAGUGCAUGUUCCAGGAGGCGGUGCGGCACGGCAACACACGGGAACUGCAAUCACUGCUACAGAACAUAACCAACUGUCACUUCAACGUCAACUCAUUUGGGCCCGAGUGCCAAACGGCGCUGCACCAGUCGGUGAUCGCCGGGAACCUGGAGCUCGUCAAGCUGCUUGUUAAGUUUGGUGCCAACGUUCGCCUGGCCAACUGUGACAGCUGGAGCGCGCUGCACAUCGCGGCCUUUGGCGGCCAUCAGGACAUCGUGCUCUACCUCAACACCAAGGCCAAGUACAGGGCCAGCAGUGGCCAGUGA